CUGUUCUUAUCCAAUUAGUGCUCGGCUGGAAGCCUUCUCGUGUACACCAAAUCUCUCCUUAUCCCCUCCACGUAGCCUCUUUGUUCAGCCUGGAAACUACCGGACACUCCUCCGUCUCGUGAUAUUUUCUCUCUUCCAUAUCUCCACGGAAGCCGCUGGACAUCUCCUAGAUAAUCUUCAGCCGUUACUUCCGCUCGUCCGUGCCAUGCUUACAUUGGUGAUCAAGACGCCUAGGUCUUCACCACCAUCGCUUAGCUGUUCGCCUCUGCGUCAGCUCACCGGACCUGCAGUCCGUCAGGCCACUGUCUACGCUGUGCUCAAGGUCCUACUCACCGUUCUUCUCGUCGACAGCGCCAGUCGUGUCUCCCGCUACACCGACACUUUUUCUCCAUCGCUCGACUCCGUGCUCAGCGCUCUCACCAUCAUUACUGUUCCUCUCCUCGCCGGAGUUCGCCGGGCUUACGCUCAACCCCGCCACCGUGAGAUUUACCUCGCCUCCAAACCGUGUUCGCCGCAGCCCAGCCAUCGUCUACCAUCACGCUCGGCUCCAGCUAGUUGCGCUCCUCGCGCCAACCCUGAUUCCAAGCGCCGCCACAACCUCGUCCUAGAUUCGAGGCAUCACAUCGUCGCUCUGCUGCAUAGGCGCCCAUGUCGUCGCCUUCCUGCCGUCUUUGCUCAUGUGCCAGAACACCUAGAAGAAGUGGCAUUGAAGAAGAAGCCUGCCCCAAGUACUGUUGAUCUAGUGGUGGAGUUCCAUCUAACUAAUUGUCGUGAUUGAAGGGUUUUGGAUCUUCUCCUGCAAAAAGGCAAGCCCCGGUGCAUUUGCCACCUUCCUUGUAUUUACAAAAUUUUAUCACUUAUAUGAUGCAUUAGGUGAUAGGGGUUGAAUGAUUAAACACUUGAUGCAUUACCAUUCCUUGAAAAAAAAUUGAUUACCAUACCUUGUCACCUGAUUUAUAAAAGCUAGAGAUGCUUAAUCAUGCAGAUAGAUUAAAAAAAAUGUUUUUGAUCUACGACUCAUAAUUUCCAAAAGAAAAUUGGCUUGGGAUAAUGAAGGCAUCAUCUGCUGUGAGAAAUUCAUUAUCCAGGCAUGGCCCCUCUGUCAGGCGCCAAAUGUUUUGAGAAAUAGUAUAAAUAAACUUGAGGCCGGGCGGUUGACUUGCACCAGAACGGAGUCUGGUUGUAGUGUCUCCGUCUGUGUCGAUUAAGGACCGUACCGAUUGUAGGCCUGUUGAUCUAGGACCUUUUAGCUGGCCACAUACCUCGUCAUGGGUAAGCUUGAACCCGGCUAUUCCAUACGUGAAAUGACAACCGCGCACUGGGUAUGGGAGAUGGUGGGAGUAGCAGUUAUCCUCCUGGCAAGAGGCUGGAUGGUAGGGUAAUGUGCUCCCGGGUAGCGCGGACCAGUUCAUGUAGUGAAGGAUCCGUGGGGAUGGUUGACAUAUGCAAGGGUUAAGUGCUACAUAUGUCGUGUGGUUGGAGAUCCCCAGCUGGGCAUUAAUCGAUUCGGAUCGCCGUUACUUCUCGGAUAUGAAGACUGGAUCGCUGCCCUUCAUCGUAGAUAACAAGUGAAACAAAAAUUUGGAUUUUAAAAGCAACCUAGUGUAGGUCAAGUGAAUGAUCUAGAUUAGGAAAUUGCUAGAUUCAGGCUAGAAGAUUCAGGUAAUAAACUAACUUGUGAAAUAAAACUUGGCUUAAGGACUCACUUCUAGUAAGCUUUUCUGCAAAAUGAGUCCUUGAACUUUGAUGAGCUUUACCUUGAUUCCCAAAAGCCAGCAUACCCUUGAGAGUCUUUUCUUUAGUCGGGUAAGUCUUGCUGAGUAAUUGUGUACUCAGGGUUUUAUCCCUUAUUGUUUUUGUAGGAGAAGUUUUAUUCCCUUAUCUUUGGGUUAGCUACUUCAUGUGGAUGACUUGAAGCUUAGAAUGUUUAUGUAUAUAUCUUAUGGAAAGGCUUCACCCUUCCAAUUAUUGUAAUAAGUUAUGCACUUCGAGUACUAACAGGACUUGUAAUAAAUACAUCUCUUUCUACCAUGUAAAACUUGAGUUCUGAAAUGUAAAGUGUACUUUGUAAA